AUGGCCACCACGAUUCCAACCAUCACUUCGCUCACAUCGAUCGAUCCAACACAUGCUUCAGCACUCACAGUCGCUCUCACGAGCGCCACCCACGCCAUGGGAACCGCCACGGCUGAUGGUGAUCUUUAUGCCUUCAGUAAGUCUGUUGCUGCCGCCAGCAAUUCGCUUGCGGUGAUCAGCGCUCAAGCUGUUUAUGCUACCGCUAGUGGGGAGGCCAAGCUGCUGGCUUCUGAGGUAAUUAUGUCUGCGGCCACCGAGCUCGCCAAGAUCGACUACUUGAACAACAUGUACCGUGCUGACCUCAACAUGGGCGCCAACGUUUUCUUUUGUGUGGUUUUCGGCGUCUUGAUGAUAUUUCACGUGCUUGUGGGUUCCUUGUACCAUUACUGGUACUACUUGUGUAUGCUUGGUAUUGGUAGUGGUCUCGAUUUCGGUGGUUACCUCGCCAGAAGUGUUAGUGCUAAUGACGAAACGCUUGUCAAUCCGUUCUUAGUUCAGAUCAUUGUUCUCACAAUAGCCCCUGCGUUCAUUAUGGCCGGUGUGUACUACAUGCUUGGCAGACAGUUGGUGUACAUUGGCCCAGGUUACUCAUGGCUUAAACCUCGUUGGUUCUCAUACAUAUACAUUUCUUGUGAUGUAAUUUCGUUGGUGAUCCAGGCUGUUGGCGGUGGUAUGGCUGCUGUCGCAUUAGAUUCGAACAAGGAUACUGAUUCAGGCACCCACAUCAUGGUUGCCGGUAUUGCUUUCCAGGUUGCCACAAUGUCUACGUUCUUCAUAAUUGGAGGUAACUUCGUCAUGCGUGCUUGGUUCAGGGCCCUGCCUGACGUGAAAUUUUCCAUUAGAAACUUCGUCACUCUUGCACUCAACUUGCCUCGUGCCAAGAAGUUGUACACCCACUUGGAGCCAAACUAUAACCCAGCCUUUGCCCAUGUCAGAUCAAGAAAGCUAUUCCCAUACAUAUUCUCUGCAAUCUUCGUUGCUACUGCACUCAUCUAUGUUCGUUGUAUCUACAGAUUGGUGGAGCUCGCUGAAGGCUGGACGGGUUAUGUGAUUCGUCACGAAGCCUUUUUGUUCACACUCGACGCCCUUAUGGUCUUCUUGACAUGCACAGUGUUUGUUCCGUUUCAUCCUGGUUUCAUAUGGGGAAGAUACCACCCAACUCUUUCGUUUGGGAAGAAGACCAAAAAGGAGUUGGCUGCCGCUGGUUACGACGAAAGUGGCACCGAACAUGACCAAGACCACGACCACGAACACGACAAUGAGAAGCUCUACACUGAGUCCAAUUCUGCCGGCUCAAACUACCAGAACACUCCUGAGGAGUCCGCCGAUGGCAUAGAGAAUGGCCCAAAUAUAGCUGAGUCAUUUGGGAGAGCAGAUCAAGGCGAAGUAGCUCCCCUGGAGAACCCCAAUGUGGCAGACGAAUUCUACAGAAGCAACGACACGUUUGCUAGCGCCGAGCCAUACGAGCAGCAGCUGAAGAGGAAUCCCUAUGGGCUCCCCUCCGAGAGCAGCCCCGAGUCACUUCGUCAGCAGCAGGAUUUCACAGUCACCCGAUAA